AUGUCUCUUAUGAGUCUGUUCUUUUUUUUUUUAUAAAUGAAACACAAACAGCUUAGAUUCGAGUCCAUUUGUAAGUUACAGGUUUGUGCUCUAUUUCUCUCUGGCACCCAUUGCUUAAAGUUCAAGAUUAGCUCACUGUGAAUUCAAGAUCUCUGCUGCUGUGUACUUUGUUUCCCAAACUGUAAAUGAUUGAUCUUAUUAAUCACUGAGAUUCUGUCUCAAAGCUCUCAGACAAGAUGCCUCAGGAGCAGGACACUACUCUUUGCAAUAAAAUAAGAGAAGGAAUGACUAAAUGGAGGGAUAUUUUCACAUGGUGAGUGGAUGCAAAUUUCCAUACAGUGGCUUCUGCAACUGUUUAAAACUCUGCUGAUGGGACAAGGCCUCUCAGCACUGAUCUGUGGGACUGCUGUAACAUCGCAGUAUCUGGCAACCGUUUACUAUCUGAAUACACCCAUGCUGCAGAGCUUCAUUAACUACAUCCUCCUGGGCAUCACUUACACCACUGCACUGAUCUUCAGACGAGGUGAUGGCAAUAUUUUGCAGAUAUUAAAGACAAAAUGGUGGAAGUAUCUCUUGUUAGGAUUGACAGAUGUGGAGGCAAAUUACGCAGUGGUGAAAGCAUAUCAGUACACCACAUUAACCAGCAUACAGCUGCUGGACUGUUUUAUUAUCCCGGUUUUGAUGAUCUUGUCCUGGUUCUUCCUGAAGACCCGCUAUAGGAUCAUUCACUACGUAGCUGUAUGUAUUUGUCUGGCUGGGGUGGGAGCCAUGGUGGGAGCAGACAUCCUCGCUGGCCAGGACCAGGGAUCUUCAAGUGACAUUCUCCUCGGUGACGGUCUGGUUCUAGUCAGUGCCACUCUGUAUGCCAUCUCUAAUGUGUGCCAGGAAUACACAGUGAAGAAUCUGAGCAGGGUGGAGUUUUUGGGCAUGGUCGGCCUCUUCGGGUCAAUCAUCAGUGCAAUACAACUGGGGAUUCUUGAACAUAAUGAAGUGUCUAGAAUUCAGUGGACAUGGGAAAUUGCUCUUAUGCUGGCUGGAUAUGCGGUCUGCAUGUACGGCUUCUAUAGCUUCAUGCCUGUGGUGAUAAAGAUGAGCAGUGCCACAGCGGUCAAUCUUUCCUUACUCACUGGAGACCUCUUCAGCCUCUUUUGUGGGCUCUUUUUGUUCCAAUACGCUUUCUCAGGACUGUAUAUUGUGUCACUGGUGGUGAUCCUCGUUGGUUUCAUCAUGUUUAACACCGUCCCUACCCUGAACCCAGCUCUUGCCCCGUCAUCUGAUGAGGAAGGGUGGGACAAUCACGCCGCCGAGUUUGAUAACGACAGCACUCAAGGCUGUGUGGAUGAGAUAACCUGUGCACAAGCAGAGCAAGAUCAAAUCAAGAGUCAAGUGAAUGAAAGGCAGUCAGCAUGUGUGGUCAUAAACAGUGUUCAAAUGUAGUUUUGUUAACUCCAUGUUAAAACACACCUGAACCUUUUUUUUUAUCAUAGUUUUUUUGUCAUUAUAUUUGAAUAGUGAUUAUGUUGAUAAAUCAAAUGAAUAAACUGCAGAAAAAAAAGAAAA